AUAUCUCUGUGACAUCUGAACCUUUCUCUCAUGGUUGUCAUGGUUAUAAGAGCUGCUCCACCUCCAGCAGCACCUCUAGAAUCCAGCUAGGGAGAAGGGCAGAGUGCAAAGUGCAAAAGGCAUUUGUCAGAUGUCCGCUCCACUUUGAAGAUCUUUUCUGAAAGCCCCAUCCAAAAACUUUUGCUUACACCUGAUUCUCCCAGCGAGAAUAGGAAAUGCAGUUUCUGCUCAUUUGUCUUUUUGUUUUGCUUUUUCCAAGCAUACAAUUGCCCACAACAAAGUAGAGGGGCUAUUCAUAAGGAAAAGCCAGGGAUGGGGAGCUACUGAGUAGGCAAUCAGCACUUCUCCCCUCCGGCUCCCAAAUUCCAGGCGGAAGUUACUGAUCUCGCACUAUGGACUCAGAGACAGUUCCCAGGCCUAUGAUUACUGACCAUCUUUGGGAGAAGCUGCUAUCAGGAAAAGCAACAACAACGAUAAUCCUAACAGCAACACUAGCACAAGCAAAAUCAGUCCAGCAACUCAAUCAGAUGAACAUCAAAACUGUACCAACCUUUUUGAUUUUCCUGAACUCAGAAUAUGAGCCUUGUUUGGGGACCCUGAUUCACAAACAAUGGGUUCUCACCGCAGCCCACUGCUUCUUACCAUUUCUGGAGAUAGACCUUGCUGCUUCAAAAGAAAGGAGUUUCCAAAACAAGAUCUGGAACUUAAGACCUGUGCUUACUGUCCAACACCCAGAUUUCACCCGGGUUUCUGCUGAGCAUGACCUCAUGCUCAUCAAGCUGAACCAUCCCCUAGAGCUCAAUGAUCAGGUGAAGCUGGCGGUUCUGCCCAAUACCACAGAUGACAGAAGAGGGGACAAGUGCACUGUCUCUGGCUGGGGCUGGGCCUGGAAUAAUGCUAACACAGUCCCUGAUGUCCAGAGAAACCAGACUGUCUUUUGGUUCCAUAAUGAAAAUUGCCGCACGUCCUCUGUAAGACAAAUUCCUGUUAAAAUCACAGAGAACAUGUUCUGUGCGGGAUCAUCUCUGCAGGUCACACACUCAUGAAAUAGCUGCUGCCCCAAUCCUGUGCGGAGAUCAGCUACAUGGGAUCCUAUCCUGGAAAGAAGGGUGUGUUCUGAGAGGUGAUAUUGGCUACUACACCAAGGUUUCCCACUAUACGGACUGGAUCCUCAAAGUCAUCCAGACCAACUGACUUCUCUCUAUUCCCUCUCCCAGUGACCUCAGAAUUGGGUCUAGCCUCCUUGACCCUGUCUUUCCCCCCAACAUCAGAACAAGUGGGAACAGAGUCUUUUUGGCUGUGAGAAGUUUUCUGUUCCUUCUGUACUCUUGACUUCUCUCAUCCUUUCUCAGUCUCAGCCUGAAUGAUCAUCACAGGAUUUGAGGUGGAUAAUGUUCUCAUGGAUGGGGUAAUCUCUCACCACUCCUUUCCUCUCCUCCAAUUAGCUACUUACCUGCCAUGGUUUCCUCAGACUUUUCUGGAGCUGUUUUCCCUUCACUAACCUCCAGAGGACAUACGGGCCUCAGGAAUGUGACAGUGAGAUUGUGGGCACCUCCAGGGUGACUCCUUUGUCUGACGUCACUUACUACUGAGUUAGGCUUCAUCCUAUACCCUCUUACCCCGUCAUAUCUAAUACGGCUGCAGUAAAUCAUGGGAUUUUAAAUAAGCUGCUGGUAGUAUAAUUAUUAGAACUGGAGGCUAACAUUUUAUGACAGCAAGAACUAUAAGGGUUUUCAAAUAGGGUUAGGAGGUGAAGCAGAAGGCAGAGGGAGAGAAGAGUUAAAUGGGUUAGACCACCAAUAGGAAAAGAGAGAUGAUCCUCUGAGAGAUCUUUCCUAAUGCCAAGCACAGAAAAAUCUAAAAUAGAUGGCUGGAAAGAGAACACUAGAAAACAACAGGGAAAUACUGAAACAUAGGUGAGUAUAAUUGUGUGUGUGGCAGUGUGCAUAUGCACACGUGAAUAUAGAUUGGAGGGGGGGUGUGCACAGAAUAACGUCACUGAACCAUCCAAAAUCCUUCCUUCACCAAUUGCCAAAUCAGCUGAUUUUCUUCAAACCCUGCUUUCACCUGCUUUUAUCCUAUCUUUAUAAGUUAUCCAAUUAAAAAAAAUAAAAUAUGUUCUAUAUUUUUAUUAUAACAUUUUAUUUUGAAAUCGUUUAAGACAAGGCUGCAAAAAAUAUUACAAGGAAUUUCUGUGUACUCCAUAUUGCCCCAAUGAUAAUAUCAUCUAAACCAGAGUAAAAUGUCAAAACCAGGAAAUUCACAGUGGUCCAAUGCUGUUUACUCAGACAGAGACCUUAUUUGAACGUCACCAGUCUUUCUUUACGUACACUCUUUUUUAGGGGGUGAAAUUUGAAAUUUUGUUACAUGUGUAGAUUCCUGUAACCAUCACCACAGUCAGAAUCCAGAACUGUUCCAUCACCAGAAAUAAACUUCUUUGUGUUAAUACUCUCCUAACCUGAACCCCUUGCAACACUGAUCUAUUCUCCAUCACUAUAAUUCUGUCACUUUGAGAAUGUCAUACAGUAUGCAAUCCAUAUAAUUCCGCCCCUCCUUUUCGACUCACAGGGUGCCAGGUGUCCUUUCGUUAUCAUUUCCUUUCUGUCUGAAGAACUUCAUUUAGCCUUUCUUUCAGAGCAGGUCUGCUGGUGACACAUUCUCUUAGUGUUUCUUCACCUUCUUUCCUGAAGGACAUUUUUUACUGGAUAAAGAAUUCUGGGUUGACAAUGCUUUUUUCUCAGGACUUGGAAAAAUGUUUGCCUCUUCCGUCUGUCCUUCAAAUUUCUGAGGAGUAAUCUGUUGUCAUUUAAAUCAUUGGUCGCCAGUCAGUAAUGCAUUGUUUCUCUCGGGCUCCGACUGCUUUCAAAAGCUUUUCUUUGUGUUUCACUUUCAGAAGUUUGAUUAUGAUGUGUCUGGGUGUGAAUUCCUUAAAGUUUAUUCUGUUUGGGGUACACUCAGUUCUUUGAACCUGUAAGUUUAUGUUUUUGACCAAAUUUGAGAAGUUUGAAACAUUAUUUCUUCAAAUAUUUUUCAGCUCAGCAUUCUUUUUCUUCUCCUGAAGCUUUCACAUGAAAGUUAGAUCUUCUGUUACUAUCCCACAGGUCCCCAGGGAUCCAUUCAUUUAUUAAAAAUCUUGUUUCUUGCUGUUGUUCAUCUUGAUAAUUUCUGUUGCUCUAUCUUCAAGUUCACUGACUCUUCUGGCAUCCUCAUUUUCUUAUUGAGCGCAUUGUUUCAAUCAUUUUUUAUUUUCUAUAUCUUAUGAUGCUUUGACAUCUUGGGGGCCUUGCUGGUCAGAGAGAGACUGCCCCUCCCAGACUAAUUCCUAGAGAUAGGAAAAAAAUCUCCCACCACAUGUUUUCAUGUGCACACCAGCCAGUCCAGAGCUCAUACCCCCAACCACCUCCUUUAUCUAACUUUCACACAGCAAGCCAGUAUUUCCCCUGCCCUAAAUCACCCCAGGGCCAGGUAUGGGACAACUAGAGACCGCUACUAUAGCCCAGAGCCUGCUGAAAUUAUUCAACUAUCCAAUCCUAAACUUGCUCAAACUUGCCUACCCUGCCUUGCCCAUUCCUUCUUUUGGAAACCACAAUAAAGGCAUGUGCCCGUGCUUUCUCUUCACUCCCCCUGCCUCCUGACUGACCCUGGUACUUCCUCGUGUAGCCCUGUACUGCAUGGCAUGCCCUUUCAUAAACUCUUCUUGCAAUGGCAUUGACCUCUCCGUGUCCUCACUCAGUCACCUCUGUAAAUUAAAUCCUGAGUACAAUUAAAACACCCAUCCAAUGAGAUUUUUAUUUCAGUUAUUAUAUUUUUAAAUUCUAAAAUUUCCAUUUGGAUGUUCUUUAUAUCGUCUAUAAAUCUUUUCUAAGAUUUUCUGUUUUAUCAUUUUAUUCAAGAAUAUUUAUAAUUGCUUAUGGAACAUUUUUAUAAUAGCUGCUUUAAAAUCCCUGUCUGACACCUCCAACAUCUGUGGAAUCUUGCUGUUGGCAUCUGUUGAUUGUCUGUUCUCAUUUCAGUUGAGAUUUUCCUGAUACGAUGAGUAAUUUUGGACUCUAUCCUGGACAUUUGGAUAUUAUGUUAUAAGACUCUGGUUCCUGUUUAGAUCUCCUAAUUUAGCAUGUAGUUAACCUGUUUAUGUUCAGAAUGUAUCUUAGCUCACUUUUGUGGCUGUGGUUCAAAUGUCAAUUUGGUGUAUAAAGCCUCUACAGUGUUGUUCUAUAGGAGAUGGUCAUAGACAGAAUAAUACCCCCCUCCAAGUUGUCUGCACCCUAAUCCUCAGAACCUAUGAAUAUGUUACUUCACAAGGUAAAAGAGAUUUUGCAAAUGUGAUUAAGUUAAGGAUCUUGAUAUGGGGAAGUUAUCCUGGAUUAUCCAGGGAGGCCCAAUGUAAUUACAAGUGUAUGUAUAAGAGGAAGACAAAAGGGUCAAGAAAAAGGGGAGAUGUGAUCACAGAAGUAGAGGUUGGAGUGAUGUGCUUUAAAGAUGGAGGAGGAGGGGUCAUGAGCCAAGGCAUACAGGUAGCUUCUAGAAGCUAGAAAAGGCAAGGAAAUAGAUUCUCCCCAGAGCCUCCAGAAAGAACGCAGCUCUGUGGACACCUUGAUUUUAGCCCCAUAAGACCCAUUUUGGCCUUCUGAUUGCUAGAACUAUAAGAUGUUUGUGUUGUUUUAAGCACUAAGUUUGUGGCAAUUUGUGACAGCAGCAACAGGAAACUAAUUCGGGGUGGAAAUCAGAAUUCCGCCAACCAGUUCCACUACUUCUGUGUCACUGGUGUGAGGGAGGACAUGGAUUUUUCACGUUUGUCUCAAGAACAAGCAAAUUACCAAUAGCUUAGUGGCUUAAACAACACAAAUUUAUUAUCUUAUAAUUUCACUGAGUCAAGAGUCCCAUAGCUCAAAGUCUCAUAAGGCUAAAAUCAAGAUGUGGGCCAAGUGCAUCCCCACCUGGAGGUUCAGCUAGGGAAAGAUUCACUUCCAACUCCCUCACGUUGUUUGCAGAAUUCAUGUCUUUGCAGUUGUAAGACCGAGAUCUCUGUAUCUUGCUAGCUGUCACACCCCUCCAUCUGAGCAGCAGAAAGACACCCUCAUGUCAAAUCCCACUCAUGCUUCAGAUCUCUCUAACUUCCCCUUCUACUACCAGCCAGAGAAAAUUCUUGACAUUUAAAGGGCUCAUAUGACUAGGCCAGGACCACCUGGAUAACCUCCCUAUCUUAAAAUCAACCAUGCCGUAUAAUAGAGCCUAAUCACAGAGGUGAAGUCCAUCAAAUUCACAGUUCCUGGUCACGGCAUGUACAUCAGUGGCAGGAAAUCUGGAGGGGCAUCUUAGAAUUCUGCCUACUACACACAGUUGAAAGGUUUCUGUUCUGCUGGGCUGCCCCUUUCUUGGUCCUUUGGCUAGAGGGAGCAGGAUUUUCUUGGGGAUUUUUUCUCUCUUCCCACCAGUGUUUCCAGGUUGCAAACGUUCCUAGCCCACAGGCCUGGAUAGAUAGAGAGCAAGAAAAAAAAAAGCCUGGGAAACUCACUGCCAGGUCAUUCCUCAAGUCUCAAGGUUUCUAGCUACUUCACUUUCUUUUCUCCACUUUUCAGAUUUCCUGGUAAGUGAUUUGUGUAUUUUGUUCAGGGCUUUUUGUUAUUGUUAUUGUUGUUAGCAGGAGGUGUAAAAUGGGAUACACUUACUUUAUCUUGUCUGGAACAAAAGCCUGCCUUAUACUAGAAAGAUGAAAGGCAUUGAGGUUAAGAGGAAAGACCUCUGCACUAGAAGUCAGGAGACCUGGGUUCUGGUUCAGAUUCUGUUAUUGACUAGUGCACUGAUUUUCAUGUUGUGUGCUCAUGUGCCCCAGGAGAAAAUAAGAAGUGAAUAUUAGAAUUUCUGUUUAUAAUUAUUUUAGCUCAUCCUUUAAAAAUUUUUAUUUUGGUGUAUGUUUUCUAAUGUAUGUAACAUGUCAGUUUAUAUAUAUGUUAGUGUAUACAUAUGUAAAUAAAUAAACAUACAUAUAUUGGUGGUGCAUGCUCAAAACUAUUUUAUAGAAUUGGUUACAACAUCAGGUAUCUAAAAUUAGACUGCCCCAGAUUUUCUGGGCCGUCUAAUUACCUUGAAUAUGUCAUAUUUGAUUUAGGACAACUCCCUUCAACAUGGAACAGACUGUAAGUAUAAUCAUCAAUUAAAAUUCUUUUAUAUAUCUUUAGUUGAAAAUAUGAUUCUUAGCUCAAAUAAUGCUUCCUACAUCCCUUAGAACUUUCAUGUGGAGAAAUGGUCUAAUGAGGGUGAAUCAUUUCUAGAAAAGUAACCCUUUAAGAAUAAAAUCCAAUAAAUAAAAUCCAAGUUCAUUGUUCUGACUUAAUAAAAUUAGGUGAGCUGAGUUGAAAGAAAUAGGUGCGUUAGAAUGCAUUUAAGAUUAUAUGCAGUCAGUCUGCUAAGCUCAAGUCCCAUGAGUCUAACUUCCGUCUUUAGCCUUAACGUAGAGAGACUGUAUUUGUAAACACAUAUUUACAUACAACACUCUGAAACUAUUAUCCACGGUCUCUUCCCUUUCCUUUGCUUUUUCACUGCCAGUAACACUGCGAGGAAACUGGUAGCCACUGCUCCAGGGUCUCUGACCUCCACAUGGCUGCUUGUGUGACACAGACCACUAACUGAUCGGCUAUCUCCAUUCUCCUCAUCUUUUCUUUUUUUGUGAUCGACCCCCUUAGUUUUAGCUGGCAUGUGACUGCUUUGCUACAGGCUAUCUUCCUCAGCAUCCGUUGUAGCUCUUUGUAGCCACGUGACUAGGUUUUGCCUGAGGGGAUGUGAGUAGAAGAGAUGUGCACAACAUCUGUAUCACAUUCUUAAAAGGAAGCUGUUUGCCCCUUCAUAUUUUCUUCCCGCUUACCAUGGGCUAAAACACAGUUGCGAUGGGAGUCAGCCAGCUUCAACCAUGCCCACGAGGAAAACAAGGGAAAGUGGAAGAACAAGACAGAAGGAAGCUGAUCUACAGGAGCAGAGCUGCCUUCCUACCAAAAACUGCCCAACAGCUCCAGACCGUUCCGUGAGAGAAAAAUGAGCACGUAUCUUGUUUGAGCCAUCAUAUAUUGGAGUCUCUUUGUUAUAGCAGCUUAUCCUAUAACCUAACUAAUAUGCUUAACAACUGUUUGUUCAGCACACAUUAAAUUUCUACCAUGUAUUAGGUAUUGUCCUAGGUUCUAGAGAUUUAAAAAAACAAAUCAGACGUAAUUUCUAUUCUGAAAAACUCCCAAUCUAAGAAAGGAAAAUUUAACUCAAAGGGAAAUGAGAAGGUAAUUGACACUUAUUAGCCACCUAUGCUUUCACAUGCAUUGGUUUUUUAAUACUCAUUGAAAAAAUUGAGUUGUAAGUGGUAUAAUUGUCCUUGUACAGCCAAGAAAACUGAUGAUCCAGUGACAUAUCUGCCUUAUAAAUGGUAGAUUCACUAAGCAUUUUUAUCCUUACCCUUGAUCUAAGAUUGCUUGUUAAUUGGUCCUGAUAGAGCCGGUAAGACCAUAUAUCCACAGCCACAGUUGAGAUUCCCCUGUAAUAGGCCCGUAUGGUUUGUAUUCCAGAAUUUCACCUGUUCUCCAUCUUCCAGGAACAGCUCCCAAUUUUCAUAUUAAGUUUCACUCUUUCUUCUUUCUCCCCUACUUUGAUCCAUGUGCUUGAGCAAGACUACAUCUCUGUCCUCACUCAGAAGUGAACAUACUCCUUGAGCCUAAGCCAGUCAGUGCAUCACGUUCCCGUAGCCAUGGUGAUUGGCCUCAGGGAUGAGCAGGAAACUCAAGUCAGUAACUAUAAGUUCUUGGGAAAGCCAAGUUGCUUUUGCCUUUUGGUCUUGAGCCUGAGAGGAUGGAAGGACUGGAGCAUCACCAUGAGGUACAUGAUACAGAAAGCACUCAGAAGGCAGGGUUAAAGGAUGGAGAGCAACCAAGCACGGGCAAAUUGUUCUAGCCUGAAUCCAGCUGUGCUGGAAGCCUGGGACCUACGCUUGGGCUUUUCAGGUACAUGUAAUAAUAAUUCUUUUAAGCCAAUGUGGGUCAGGUUUUCUACCACUUGUAACCAAAAAAUUGCACUCAUUCCCUAGAGUCAGCAUAUGCCAAAGGUGAGCUCUCUCUACUCAUUUGUGGAAAAAGUGUGCAUCUUUCUAUUCUGUUUUUUAUUAUUUUAUUGCUUGCCAAAACCUCCAAGAUUCUCAAUAAACAAAAAUUUAUUAUGUAAAAUAUAAGAUGCUUUGUCAGCAACAGUAAUGCACAGUCAAUGGCCAUCUAUCUCACAUGAUAAUUUGGGAUUUGCCACAAUUCCGGGAUUUCGUAUUUCUAGCAGUAGCAUUGAUGAUUUUCCAUAUUCGUGCACUUUUCAAAAUCUAAUAUUUAAUCUAAUUGUAUCCCCCUAAAUCUAAACAUAGAGCAGAAUCAGAAAGAUUUCAGAUUCCAGGGCAAAAGCCCUAGUGAGUUAAAUUGAAAGUCUUCCUCCACCAUCAGUAAAACUAAAACUACUAUUUUCUUAUUUUUAGGACUAGUAGAGCUAAUUUAAUAGUUCUGUUUUAAACCCUGUUCUCAGGAGACCAUCAAUUUAUUAUAUUUUUUCAGAUAUAUUAUCAAAUAUGGAUUGGAUUAAACUCUGAAUCACAAUCUUCGCUUCUGGUCUCAUGAAUUCGGCCUAGAGGAGCUGGCUAUAUUUUCAUUGAUUCUACUGAAAGUUAAUUUUUCUGAAAUAAAUUAAUACUGUUUAUUUUCCUGAAAGCUUUUUUCCAGAGGCUUUGUGUAGUACACACAUUUAUGUGUCAUACAUCUGUGCUCCUGACUUUCGUUCUCCUUCACACUGUCUCCCGGAGGUGAAGAAGGUGGAACAAAUGUGUCAGAACAGUGUGCCAUGGGCGGGUGAGUGGCCGAAUGUGUACGUGUGGAUGUGGGGGCGUGUGUUUUAGACUGCACCUGUUGGUGUGUGGGAGCAAAGGUUCAAAGAGCAAGAAUUCAAUGGCUGCUCAAAACUGUGCUUAAUGGCUUUAUUUCUUGUAUCGGUUUUCAAUUAAAACUGUGAUUUUUGGUUUUUAAGUGUUUGUGUGUACUAGUGUAGAUCUCAAAUUAACAUAAAGCAGAUCUCUAAUAGAAUCCAUGAAAUUUUAGGAAAGGGCUACAUGGACCUUGAUGUGAAAUGUAAUCUGUCAUCUUCAACAUCUUCAACAUAACCUGACAUUUUACAAUUCUAUAUUACCACUCUCUAAUGUUUAAAUUCAAAUUAUUUAUAGCUCUUUUUUUCCCAUAUUGGAACUGGAAAAUGUCCUCAAUACUAUCACACAUAUACACAUACCAACA